AUUUUAUUUUGUUAGCCAAUAAUAGCUAGCAAGAGCCAAUAGAAGCAGUUUUUGAAUGAGAUAUAAAAUUAAAAUAAAAAAGAUAUUUUUGUGAAUAAGUAAAAAAGUUUUUUUCAUUUAAAUUUUAAAUUUUAUUAAUAAAAUUAUUUUUUUUAAUAAUGAUUGCAUCUAAUUCUCAACAAAUAAUUUCCAUUAAUAGAUCCAAAGAGGAAGAAUCGCAAAACAAAAUUUUUACAAAGGAAGAAGUUGAUGUAUCCAAAUUUCCAAUAAUUGAAUUUAAAGGAUAUGUUAAUUGUGUCAGUGAUUUUAAUGAUUGUGCUAUGAUUUGUGAUGAUAUUAUAAAAGAAAUAGAAAAUUCUGAUCAUAAAAAAAUAAUAAUAGGAUUUGAUUUGGAAUGGCCUUUUAAUUUUCAUACAGGAAGUGGAAAAACAGCCUUAGCACAAAUUUGUUUUAAUGAAACUAUUUGUUAUUUAUUACAUAUAUAUUCAUUAAAGAAAUUACCUGCAGCAUUUGUAGUUCUUUUAAGUCAUCCAAAAGUAAGAUUAGUUGGAGUGAACAUAAAAAAUGAUAUUUGGAAAUUAGGCAGAGAUUUUAAAGAAUUUCCUGCUUCUAAAAUUAUUGAAAAUAAUUGUAUUGAUAGUGGUAAAUUUGCAAAUGAAAUAUUAAAUAGGUCUUGUCGAUGGAGUUUAGAAAAACUAACAGCAUAUUUGCUAAAAAGAAAACUCAAUAAAAAUCCAAAAGUAAGAAAAAGUAAAUGGCAUUUAUAUCCUUUAAGUAAUGAACAAAAAGUAUAUGCUGCAACAGAUGCCUAUGUUUCCUGGCUCUUACAUACAAUUAUACAAAAACAGGCAGAUAUUAAAAAAAAUGUGAUAUAAAAUGUUAAAAUUAAAUAUUAAAAUUAUGUAUAAUAGUAAAAAAAAUUAAAUUUUGAAAAAAUAUAUAAUACAAUAUAUUGUCUCAUUAUGUCUACAAAAAUAAUCAAAGUUUUGUGGACAGGUAGAUUAAGUUAUAAU